AUGUUGUUCUCAUUCGGUGUUCUGACGGUUGGCUAUGCAUUGGUUCUAUUCAUCAUUGUCAAAACAGUCUAUAAUCUGUACUUUCACCCUCUGCGUUCCUAUCCAGGACCGUGGUUGGCUCGCGCCUCCCGUUGGUACUACUCCUACUAUGUGAAGAUUGGACGUCUUCCACACAAAACCAAAGAAUGGCACGACAAAUAUGGUCCAUGUGUUCGAAUUGCGCCUGAUGAGCUGUCAUACAACACAGCAGAGGCAUGGGAGGAUAUUUGCGGUCACCGAACAGGGCAACGCACAGAAAGUUUUGAAAAGGACUUGACCUUCUUUCCCCCAGCCCCGAAUGGGGUAGAUUCAAUCAUUGUUGCAAAAGAUGAUGUCCAUCGUCGCUUUCGACGAUUGUUAUCUCAUCCUAUGUCGGACAAGGCUCUUAGUGCCCAGCAGGAAAUUAUCACUGGUUAUGUCGGUCAGCUCAUCGAAGAGCUCCGCCAGCGCAGCAACGAGCAAAAGGGCGACCGUAAGGGGGUUGUCGACAUGGUCCGCUGGUUCAACUUUACCUCCUUUGACAUCCUCGGUGAUCUGGCAUUUGGCGAGCCCUUUGGCUGUCUUCGCAGCGGCGUUAUGCACCCAUGGAUAGAGCUCAUUUUUACGGCCAUCAAGGCUGUGAUGGAUAUGCAGAUCAUCCGCCGCGUCCCUGGCCUGUUCCCUCUGAUGAUGUUCAUUGCUGGAUUAUUACAGCAGAACCAACAUUUGCAAGAUCAGUUCAUGUUUUGUCAAAAGAAAGCCCGUGAACGUCUUGCGAGAGAAACCACCAGACCAGAUUUCAUGACCUAUAUCCUCCGUGCCACUGAAGAAAAGGGAAUGACGCAGGACGAGAUUGAGGCCAACGCGCAGAUUCUGAUUAUGGCUGGAAGUGAGACAACUGCAUCAGCCUUGUCUGGAACGCUGUUUUAUCUUCUUAAAAACCCCAUGGCAAUGGCAAAGCUUCGAGAAGAGCUCCAAGCCACUUUUCAACAGGAAGCUGAUAUCACGAUGCGAUCCACUCAGGGGCUGGAGUAUCUGAAUGCUGUCAUUCAGGAAUCCAUGCGAGUGUAUCCCCCUGUACCCUGGGGAUAUAUUGUGGGUGUCAAUCAAUUAGCUGCGAUGACAUCGGCACAGAAUUUCAAAGAUCCAAACAAGUUUGUGCCAGAAAGAUGGCUGGGCGAUGAGCGGUAUAAGAAUGACUGCAAGAAAGCCUACCAGCCAUUUUCCUAUGGACCGAGAAACUGCCUCGGAAAGAACCUUGCGUAUGCGGAAAUGCGCCUUGUUCUCACGCGAUUGCUCUGGAACUUUGAGCUGGAACUGCUGGAAGAGUCAAAGAACUGGGCUGAGCAAAAAGUAUGGAUGAUGUGGGAUAAAGGUAAUUUGAAUGUUGCAAUCCGGCCGCUGAGGUCUUAG